AUGUCAACAGCAGAAAAGAUACAGAAAGGCUCAUUAUCAGACAAGCCAACUGCUGAUUCAAACUUGGAAGCGCUCGGGUACACUGCAGAGCUAUCACGGAAUCGAUCAACAUGGCAGGUGGUUUUCAUGUGCUUUAUCCUUGCUUCGGUACCAUACGGACUUUCAACGACCAUGUCAUAUUCAAUCAUUGGGGGUGGCUCAGCGAACAUGGUUUGGGGUUGGAUUCUUGUCUCCCUCAUUAUGCUAUGUGUAGCUAGCUCUCUAGCAGAGAUAACAUCUGUCUACCCUACUGCUGGUGGGGUCUACUAUCAGACUUUCGCUCUCUCCCCUAAAUGGUGUCGCCGGGUAACAGCCUGGAUUUGCGGUUGGUCCUAUGUUGCCGGUAAUAUCACUAUAACUCUUGCGGUCAACUUUGCGACCGCGCUCUUCUUCGUGGAGAGUCUUAAUGUUUUCAAAACUUCAUCCGGUGCUGGCAUUGCUGAAGAGUUUCAGGCUUACCAGUCAUUCCUCAUCUUCGUUGCCAUUACCUUUAUUUGCCAUGCAUUCCCGGCUUUUGGUAAUAGGUGGCUCACCCAUCUUGAGACUUUCGCUAUCUUCUGGACCCUCGUUGGAGUCAGCGCUAUCCUCAUCACGAUCCUUGUUGUUGCCCAUAAUGGUAGAAAUUCCGCGAAAUGGGUUUUUACUUCAUUCGAGCCUCAGUCGCAAUGGCCAGAUGGUUGGUCUUUCUGUAUUGGUCUUCUUCAAGCCGCCUAUGGACUUUCGGCAUCAGGAAUGGUGACGUCUAUGUGUGAGGAAGUUCGUCAGCCAGCAAUUCAGGUACCCCGGGCAAUUGUCGGAGGAGUAAUGCUCAAUAUGUUCGCUGGUCUCGCCUUUCUUCUCCCGAUCGCUUUCGUCCUUCCUGAUAUCCCCAUGCUGGCUAGCAUCCCAUCCGGACAACCGGUUCCAACUAUCAUGCUGUCUGCGACUGGCAACUCGGUUGGCGCCUUUUGUCUUCUUAUUCCACUUUUGGUUCUGGGUUUGAUUUGUGGAAUAGGCUGUGUGACGGCGACAUCGCGAUGCACCUGGGCUUUCGCACGAGAUGGCGCGAUUCCUGGCUCUGGAUGGUGGAAAAAAGUUGAUGAACGUCUUGGCAUCCCUCUCAAUGCCAUGUUUUUGGGAAUGGUCAUUGAAAUUCUUCUCGGACUAAUAUACUUUGGCUCAAGUGCGGCAUUCAAUGCCUUCUCUGGUGUUGGUGUGAUCUUUCUGACUCUUAGUUAUGCCUGCCCGGUGACCGUAUCUUUGCUACUUCGGAAGCGCCUCGAUGUCAUGCAAGGCCGUUUCAAUCUUGGUUCUCUCGGAGUCUUCUGCAAUAUUGUUUGUAUAUGCUGGUCUCUUGUCGCUGUCCCUCUCUUUUCAAUGCCAACAUCAGCCGUGGUCACGAAAGAUACCAUGAAUUACGCCUCGGUGGUUUUUGUGGGAUUUGUUUCUGUCUCGGCCAUCUGGUAUCUAAUAUGGGGCCAAAAAAACUAUAUCGGACCUGUUCUCGACACCUCUGAGGACCCAGAUGAUUCUUUUUAA